GAUUUAAAGCCACUUCAUAUAGAGGACGUACUAGAACUAGGCAGUUUAGAAUAGUAUAGUGAAGGAGUGGUAUAGGCGAAUGAUGCUGAGUCAGCAUGGUGAACAAGGCAAGUCAGCACAUGGAGAGCCAGGACAGGAAGUGGACACCCUAUUUUGAGCCGUCUGCUGAUAAAUUAUGCAUCAGCAAGGGAGGAGUCUUGCUACAGAUGAAGUCUGACACAAACACCAGAUGCUGCAGUUUGAUCCGACCAAUACCAAAGAUCAACACUUCCUUUAAAAGCUAAACAUCAGUAUCUUUUGUGAAGGUUGUACCUUCCUAAAACAUGACGAUGGGAGUUAGAUGGGACAACCGUACAGGGGUCGAGAGAAGCAUGUUCAUUAUGCGGAUGAUGCUGAGUCUGUUUCCUCUGGUUCUUGUGGUCUGGAAUGGUGAAGCGUUACCCGUACAAGACAAGCAAUUACACCCUAAUGAGAUACUGACCAAAGACCAGCAGGACUUAUUGAAGAAGAUGAUGACGGAUAUGGCUGAGCUGAACCUCACUAGUAAAGAACUAGCUGAUCUUGACCCUGAAUUUCUGAAUGGCAAACUGGGUGAAAACUCUGUUGAUGAACCAACCCCUAAAUCUCCCUGCAAGCUCUUCUUCUGGAAGAGCUUCUCCUCAUGUUAAAACUGUAACACAGAACAGAUACAGAUUAGUCUGUUGAAAUCUACAGUCCUGCCUUUACAGUCUAUACAAUCUAUUAAUUAUACAUUGUUAUUGAAAUCAAUAUGUAUCCAGUUCCAAUACUGUAUUUAAGGAGUGUUAGGAGAAUGAAACGGCCUAUUGUUUGAGGUGAAACAAAAAAUACAGUGGCCUAUUGCAUGUACACUUUCUACUGUUUGACAUCCAAGCCCGAAAUACUGUAAUAAAUGUUCUACAAAUCCCUUCA